AUGGGAGGUUCGGCUCGGUAAAGGCAUCAGUAUCCGCUUUCACUUCUGUUCGGUGUGAAGGCUGUCUAAGCAAUACUUCGAUAUGAAUUUCGUUCUUGCCUCUCUGAUUGCGUGCCUUGUGGUGCUCUGCUGUGCUAGUUUGAGCUCAGCUAGCUGCGGCUGCCCCUUAACUACCAAGCCACCAACAACUACAACGUGCACGACAAGGAGAACAAAACCGACAACAACUCCACCGUGCACAACAACUCCACCGUGCACAACAACAACACCCACGUGCCCAACGACGACAACAACAACAACGACGUGUCCAACAACGACAACAACAACAACUACCACAACAACAACCACGACAACGACG